AUGUCUACUUUCAACCUAAGAAACGGUUCGAUUUUUACCAAACCAACUGUUGACUCAAUAGAACCAUUGCAAUUUCAUUUGAAAGGUUCUGAUCAGCAAGUGACUGCGUUCCCAAUCUUUUCAGCGGACGAGAUUCCCGGGACGCUGGUUGAAUUCCUGUACAAACUGUUCAACGAAGAAGUUGAAUCUGGCACAAGUUAUCCGCAUUUCGGUGAGCAUACUAAAGAAGAAUUUACUGAUUACUGGUUCCAUUCGUUCGCUGUCGUUGUACUAAACACAACAGAGAAAACAAUCGAUCCAAAAUGGAACAAUUGGGAUGAGCUCGUAUUGGGUACGUUCUACGUUAAACCUAAUUAUAUCGGCCGUUGUUCUCAUAACUGUAACGCGGGAUUCCUCGUGAACCCUACAUUCCGUGGUAAAAAGAUUGGAUAUAGACUGGGACAAGUUUACUUGAAAUGGGCCCCUUUAUUAGGUUAUAAUUAUUCGGUAUUCAAUUUGGUAUUUGUCACUAAUCCUGCUAGUUGGAAGAUCUGGGAUAAGUUGAAGUUCACUAGAAUUGGAUUGGUUCCCAAAGUAGCUAUUCUGAAUGGUAUCGAUGAACCUGUUGAUGCCAUCAUCUUUGGGAAGGAUUUGACAAACGUUGAGCCGGAAUUAUUUGAAGAUCUCAAAUGA